AUGAGCAGCCAACCCAGAAACGACAGGGAUAUUAUUGCCUGGAUUUAUGACAAACUCUCUGAUGCUUUCAACGGUCGAGCGCCAGAAGAUGAUCCUACUGAUGAACGCAAAUCAAUAUUCCUUCUUAGUCUACCUGGACUUUCUCUUAAUCCAAAUUCUUAUGACCCUAACCAUCGUCCUGGAAGAGAUGAAAAGACUGCGCAAGAGAACUUAACGGAUUUGGUAGAUGCUAUUCCACUAAUGAAACCCCAAUACGUCAGAACGCAAAAGACCGUUUCUUCUAUGUAUGCGCAACUACUGCAAACGGCCAAAUUACCCGAAGAUGUGGAAUUUGAGAAAAAUAUGGAAAAGGCUAAAGAAUGGGAGGCUUAUCUUUACCGCGAUGAUGGCAGCAAAACUCCUCAAUACCAACAAUAUCUUGAUGGAGCAAAAAAAUAUAACGAGGCCGUUAUUGAAUUUAAUUCAAUAUUGGCUGGUGCUAAACAAGCGGAUAAUUUUCCAGAUAAUUGGAAAAAUGAUCUAGGGCCUAAGGCUCAGGCGAUGGUUGAUAAGGCAGAUAACGACUGGAAGGCUUCCGGCAAGCGCAUUAUCGAGAACGUUUUUGACGAACUUAACACUAUAUCCGAAAGUCUGCCUACUUAUUCAUGGAGUCAUGCUCGCGAUAAGUUUGAUAGAUCAGCUUUAGUUUCGACUACGAGUGCCACAAGCUACUAUCCGUGCUCUGUUAUGCCAAAUGACUGGUAUACCCUCCUUGCCCAAGAACAACCUGACGCCAGCCGGUGGACCUCAAUCAACAUCCAGGAAGGAACUGACAGAACAAGUCUAGACAAUACUUUUGAAAGUACAUCAACCUCAAUCGGAGGCAGUGGAAGCUAUCAGCUUUGGAGCAUUGGCGGAGGAUAUAGUGAUCAACAUAAGCAUACUACAGAACAUAGUUCGUCUGAUGAUUCAAAGAUUAAUAUAGACAUUAAGUGCCUCAAAGUAACAAUCCAAAGAGAUUGGUUAGACGCUUCACUUUUGGAAAAAAAAUUCUGGUCUAUGGAGGGAGUGCCAAAAUAUGGAUGGAGUACUGGAUCUAUUGAAGCAGCAAAUCGCCGAGGCGAGUGGUCACUUAUCCCCACUGAUUUUAUUGUCGCUCGCGAUAUCAAAAUUACCGCAGGCCUUAGCAGUAGUGAACAACAGCUGGUGACGGACGCUACACAUAAAGAGGCUCACCUUUCAGUUGGCUGGGGACCUUUCGCUAUUUCUGGAAGUUAUUCCAAAGAUACAGCGGAAUCUCAUUCAACAAUGACAAAAAGUGACAAUCAAUGGGCAAUUACUUGCGAAAAUCCACAGAUUAUCGGAUGGAUCUGCACUGUUGUCCCCGCCGCACCUUCAAUUGAUGGUUAA